ACAGCGUGUUCCUGCUACUUUAGUAGUAACUGUUAUAAAUCACUGUUACUGUUAUUUUCUCCCAUCACUAAUUUAGUGUGAUCGCGACUUUAUUCGACUUCACGUACAUAUUUUCUAAUAAUUUAACAUCGAAUUCGUAUAAUGGAUGACGUGAUACAAGUGUAUACAAAUAAUAAAGGCGCGCAAUCAAUAAUUUACCAAAAGUAUUCAUUUCGACUUUUUCGUAAAAAUAAAAAUUCCGGGGACUUAGUUUGGCGUUGCAAUAAUAAGUUUUGUAGUGUUAUAGUGACGACAAAUUCAAAUAUAAAUGUAUUUAUCAAACAGAAUAAAAGUAAACAUCAUCAUGAAACAAAUGAAAUUAACCCAGAAUUAAAAGAAAUUCGAUGUGCUGUUAAACGUAAAUCGAAAUUGGAUUUAAAUGAAAAAACUUUAAAAAUUAUAAGGAAAGAAUUAUGUACGUCUUCAGUGAGUGCAGAUAAUAUUGAUGCUAUGAGACAGUCUAUGAAUCGUGAAAGACGAAAGCUUCUACCCCCUGUGCCUGUGUCACUCACAGAUGUUCUUAAUAAGGUAUUUAGUUGUAUUAUUAUGGUUUAUGUUUUCAAUUAUUUUUGAGUUUGGGUAGGUAGUGCACGUGCACUUGCACUAGCCACCAGUGUCGAUAGAUAUGUUAAAACAACAACAGAUAAUUACUGAAACCAAAUUUCGACACAUACGAAACGGCAACGUGAACCGUACACGCAAAGUAUGCAGGGAGAAAGAAAAAUCUAUUUUAAAUGUAUUUGAUGGUUUCGAACGAAAUUAGCUUGAUUGAUUAUUUAAAAAUAUUAGGAUGUAAGUUUAUUUUAAUUUAAUUAUAUAU